UGCAAUUUGGAGAAACGGGGAGGGUUUAACGGGUUUUCAUACUUCUCCAAUCCGAGUAGAACAAAGAGAAAGGAGGGCCCACCACUUUCACUUUCCCUUUCUCGUAUUCCUCGAGAAAAGUACAGAGAUUCUGUCUUCUGUAUUAGCAACGUUAUUGUUUUUUUGAAGUGAAGAGGUCGGAAGUUUGAACUGAUGAGUGAUUAUUACGAAUGGCUUGUCCAAGUGUGGAAAUCCCGGUUUUUGUUGACACCAAUCUGGGCACUCGCAUUGUUGUGGUUGUUUCUCCCCACACUACUGCUAAUGGCUUCAAGAGAGAACUCGAAAGGGCUCACUUGAAUUGUUUCCCACAACUGGGGCAGAUCAAGGCGGAUGCUGUGAUGACUGUAGCUUUUCGGCAGGUCAAGAGGAACUCAUGCUUUUACCGCCUUCCUGAAACUUUUCCUCUAAAGCAUGUUUUCCAGCAUCUAAAGGGAAUUAGGUCACUACAUGUCGAAGUUUGCCAAUAUGGCAUUUUAUAUCAGCUGGGUUCAUCUGAAUAUGUCGAUGACCAAAUUUUGGAUCAGCAUGAUGAUUUUAUUAGCACUAGUUCUGGUCACACAAAAACUAGAACUUCUAUGACAGGCACAAAAUUUGAAAAGUUAAAAUGCAGAAGAAAAAUGAAGAAGAUGAAAUUUGCCUGCCUUAAAAGUGCAUUAUUAGAUGUUUUAAGAAUAGCUCAUUUGACAAAGAUGAAGAAGAAGAAACGGAACAAAGCUAGGAAAAGGUACAAAUUUAACUGCCUAGAAGGACCUGAUGAGCCUCUAGUUGUUUCCAAGGCAAGCUUUGCUCUUCCGACGUAUUGUUGUGAAGGUAGGGGAGAUAAGGAACAGAGUUUUUGUCCAGCAGCAGAGUCCCAUUGUGAAGAUUUAUCAGAGGCAGUUUCUGUUUCGGGCAUUAUCAAGAAAUAUUUCUCAAGUCACGAUGAGGUGAAUUCAAGCUUAAGAUAUUCUUAUGAAGGAGCUCAUACUCUUCAAAGGGAACAGACAAGGACUCGAACAUAUCUUCAUGAUCUUGAUGUAGAACUUGCUUUGCUGUCUCCUUUUCCAGCUAAAACACCUCUGCAAAUUUCAGAUGCUCCACCUCCAAUUAAUGAACGCAUUAGCAGAGCCUCAAUAAAUAAGUCUAAAAGGAUUGAAAUUGGAACUCGUAUUAUUUCUGCCUCAAAAAGUCUCUCUAGUGUUCGCUGUAGGAGACUGCUGCCCAAAUCUGCUUCUCUUAUUCGGAGUCUAGUAUUUGAGAUGUCUGAUGAGGAUUAGUGAAGAUUACAAUUAUGAUAUACCACCUUGAAAAGUUCCGUGCCAUCUCUGGUCGACAUUCGUGAUAGAAAGAUUUGAGCUAAGGUGGUGGCAGCGAGAUGUUACAUAACAAUGCAGAGAUGAGCUUCAUUUCUGUACUGAACUUCUCCUUUCCCUUUUUAAUCUUCAGAUUUUAGGCUUUGUCGGCGAAGGCAAUUAUAAAUGUAGCUUGGCUGCUGGUCCCGUUUCUGGUUUAGUUAUAUUGGUGAAGAUCUUCAAUCGUAUAUUUGAGGCUGCUGUAAAGAUUUGUGGUCUACUUAUAACUGUAGCAGCUCUAAUCUGACGAAUCGUAAUCCUUUUUAGCCUCUUAUUGUAUGGAUAUAAAAGAUUAAGUAGUGUUUCAACAAGGUUGAUGGCAUUCCCUAAGCAUUUCAGUCCAUGCGAUUUUGUCCCAUGUGGUUCUUGUGCAGCAAAGGAAGCGAAGGAUUGAUCUAUCCUUCCCCGUAAUUUUGCAUUGGCUGGCUGGUUAUUUUCCAUGAAGGAACUAUCAAAGGAUGCACUUGUUUUGUACUGAUCAUUGAUCUAAUAUAUCAACAUAGUGGCAUAGACCAAUCAUGUAGCUUAUUCUGUUCAUCAUGAGAAGAUCUUCUGAAUGGACUGACAGGGUACAUCUUUAAUCUUGGAAAGAUUCUUUUCUUUUUUCUUCUUUCUGUAACUGUAGUCAAAAUGCCAUUGUUAUGAUGAUUUGCUGACUUGUUUUGCAUUUGCAUGUAAUCAAACAAUGGAAUUUCAAACAGUUUGAAGAGACUUAGUUCCUUCUUGUUUGGACUUAAAUCUAGGUAAACUGUAAGAAUUCAGUAGCCUAGUAAAGUCUUAGCUCAACAGUUACUUAUAGAGAAUAAGAGAAGUUUAUUCAACAAUCUUGACCUGCAUAAACUUGUUUGUUUUUUCUCAAGGUAACGUUUUUUAGCAUUGUCAUCUAAGUCAUUACAAAAAAAAUUUCUUCUUCUGAGGAUUGGUAAGUUUAUUAUUACAGUAAAAUAUAUAGCACCAAGGAGCUGUUGUCCAAAAUAUUCAAUAUGGUGAAUAUCUCAGAUAGCAUUGGAGCAGGAUCUGCACAUAGAAACUAGAACUUUGGUCGGCAGAGGAAACCUGGAAGGGGAAGUUUUGUUUCCAUUCAAGAAGCCUCAAAGUGUCAAAAUCGUCACCCCUCUCCAAAUAAACCUAUCCAGUGCUGCUAACGAUAAAUUUAAAGUUUGUAGAUAAACUUAUUUGGGUUCUCUUAAAUCUUCUUCUGACAAGUUUGAUAUCAUUUAACUAGGGUUCUCAAGUUUAUCUCUUUUCGGUAGAACUACGAAUCAGAGCGAUCAAAACAAAAUAAUCAGCCGUUAAUAAAUAAAUGAGAAAUUUAAAUAAACAAAACAAGUAGAGUUUCGGUAAAUGGAGGAUACAACACGAGGAUUCCCAAGAGGUCACCCGUCCAAGUACUAUUCGCGCCCAAGCAUGCUUGACUUUGAAGUUCUGAAGGAUGCGGUGCGUUAGCUGGUAUGUUCGAGGCUAUUUGGGCUAGUGAAAGAGUAUGAAGAUUACAUAACAUAAGGGCUUGGUAUGGUGGGCUUACACAUAAAGCUCUUCUUGUUGAUGCUGUGGGUACACUUGUUAUUCCCUCUCAGCCCAUGGCUCAGAUUUACAGGCAAAUUGGUGAGAAGUAUGGAGUGGACUAUUCUUAAGCUGAGAUUGAGAAGAUACAGAUGGGCUUAUGAACAGCCUCAGGUUAGAUCUAGGCUCAGGUUGCUAGGAGAAUAGGCGUCGAGGUCUGAAAGGGUAUAUUAGUAGAUGCUUUCGAUGUGUAAGAAAAGCCGCUUCUUAUGUAUCUCCCCAUAUUCCCAUGUAUAUAUUCUGCUUUUGUAAUGAGUGUGAGAGAGAUCACCAAGGCCUUUGUUGGUGGGCAAUGUUUAGAGUGGAAUAAACAGGCUGUAGAACUUUGGUUUCUCAGUGCCAUAUUUAUUAGUUGCCUCUUUGGUU